UUUACGUCUGUAGUGCAGUGACCCUGCUGCUGCUGCAAAACGAGCCAUUGUACCUGCUUUAAAGCCGCACCUGGGGGGAUGUGACUGGAUAUUUGAGAUACUUGAGGGUGUGAGGAGUUCCAGAGUGACCUGUCAGAGUCACCAUGGAUUACCUGUAGUGUAAAGCUUCUCUCUGACUGACAGCAGGAGAGCUAGCAGGGCUCAGUUAGCUUUGGAUCAGCUGUUCUGCACACAGGUAUUAUCCUCUGUGGUUGUUGUGUGUGUGUGUGUGUGUAGCUGCUGGAUCUGUGUGUGUCUGCAGUGUGUAGUGUGUGUAGUGUGUGUAGCUGCUGAUGGCUCAUGUGUAGCUGCAGCUCUUACAGUCAUUGCCUCCCAGCGGUGGAAACAGUUCUCAGAUCCUUUAACGGUUCCUGGAGCAGCCUGAGGUCGGGCGGCGCCUCCGGAGGAAACAUGGCUCCCAAAGACAUCAUGACCAACUCUCACGCCAAAUCCAUCCUGAACGCCAUGAACGCUCUGAGGAAGAGCAACACGCUGUGCGACAUCACGCUGAGGGUGAACACCGCCGACUUCCCCGCGCACCGGAUCGUCCUCGCAGCCUGCAGCGACUACUUCUGCGCCAUGUUCACCAGCGAGCUGGCAGAGAAGGGGAAGUCCUUCGUUGAUAUCCAGGGUCUGACAGCGUCUACGAUGGAGAUUCUUCUGGACUUCGUGUACACGGAGACGGUUCUGGUGACGGUGGAGAACGUUCAGGAGCUGCUGCCGGCCGCGUGCUUACUGCAGCUCAAAGGAGUGAAGCGCGCCUGCUGUGACUUCCUGGAGGGGCAGCUGGACCCCACAAACUGCCUCGGGAUCCGGGACUUUGCAGAGACUCACAACUGUCUGGAUCUGAUGCAGGCGGCUGAACUCUUCUCCCAGAAACACUUCUCAGAGGUCGUCCAGCACGAAGAGUUCAUGCUGCUCUGCCAGGCCGAGGUGGAGAAGCUCAUCAAGUGCGACGAGAUACAGGUGGACUCUGAGGAGCCGGUGUUCGAGGCCGUGCUGAACUGGGUGAAACACAACAGAAAGGACCGCGAGGCGUUCCUCUCCGAGAUGCUGGAGUUCGUGCGGCUGCCUCUGCUGACGCCGCGAUACAUCACCGACGUGAUCGACCCCGAGCCCCUGGUCCGAUGCAGCUUGCCCUGCAGAGACCUGGUGGACGAGGCUAAGAAGUUCCACCUGAGGCCGGAGCUGAGGAGCGAGAUGCAGGGCCCCAGGACGCAGGCCAGGCUCGGAGCCAAAGAGGUUCUCCUAGUGAUCGGAGGGUUCGGCAGCCAGCAGUCGCCCAUCGACAUCGUGGAGAAAUACGACCCCAAGACUAAGGAGUGGACCUCUCUACCUAACAUCGCCCGAAAGCGGCGCUACGUGGCGACGGUUUCUCUCCACGACCGGGUGUACGUGAUCGGAGGCUACGACGGGCGCUCGCGGCUCAGCUCGGUGGAGUGUCUGGACUACACGGCGGACGAGGACGGCGUCUGGUACACCGUCGCCACCAUGAACGUCCGGCGGGGCCUCGCGGGGGCCACCACCCUCGGAGAUAUGAUUUAUGUGGCUGGAGGUUUUGACGGCAGCCGGCGUCACACCAGCAUGGAGCGCUACGACCCGAACAUCGACCAGUGGAGCAUGCUGGGAGAUAUGCAGACGGCCCGCGAGGGGGCGGGGCUUGUGGUCGCCAGCGGACUCAUCUACUGCCUCGGAGGGUACGACGGUCUGAACAUCCUGAACUCGGUGGAGCGGUACGACCCGCACACCGGACACUGGACCAGCGUCACCCCCAUGGCCACCAAGCGCUCAGGCGCCGGCGUGGCGUUGCUGAACGACCACAUCUACGUGGUGGGGGGGUUUGAUGGCGUCUCCCACCUGGACUCUGUGGAGGUUUAUAACAUCCGGACGGACUACUGGGCGACGGUCGCUUGCAUGACGACGCCGCGAUGCUACGUGGGAGCGACGGUGCUGCGAGGACGACUCUACGCCAUCGCAGGGUACGACGGGAACUCUCUGCUCAGCAGCAUCGAGUGCUACGACCCCGUCAUCGACUCCUGGGAGGUCGUGACCUCCAUGGCGACGCAGCGCUGCGACGCCGGAGUGUGUGUGCUGCGAGAGAAGUGAAGAAGACGAAGAAGAGUAAAGUGUUAGUGUUUCCAUGAGCACCGUGUUGUAAACAUCCUGAACUGACAGCUUGAAACACAACAUGUGAAGCAGCAGCGAGCGGACAGACGGCAGCUAGCCUCUCUCACAGCGAACCCUCAGAGCUGCAUGACUCUCCUCACCUGUGAGAUUAUUUUUUCAGUUUGUCUUCAAAGUGCAAUAUAUUUCUACUCAUGGAGAAGCUGCUACACGCCUUAUGACCCGGCCUGCAUCAGACGUCCGUGUUGCCUCAUCCAUCUUUUUGUAACUGUUUUAGAUUCUCUUUCAUACAGAAGGUGUUGCUCUCAGAUUAUAUAUAUAUAUUUAGAGAUUUUAGAGAAAUGACUGAAUUGUGCCAGUUGAUUAUUUUGUCCCUGAAGAAAUCACAGAGUCAGAGCUGCAUGUGAUGAUUUUAUUUUAUAAAGCUGUACAUUAACCUUCACUGUUGCCUGAGACGUGAAUAAACUCACCGAGAAAUUAAACCCUGAAACAACAA